CGUGAAAAUCUUAUGCAAAUGCGUUUUUAAAAAAUAAUUAAGCACCAGCCUCGAGAUUUGGCAAGAAAGUCGUUGGCAGCGCCUCAGUGACUUGGGAUUUCUUGGAUUUAAUUCGGAUUUCGGAUACUUGGAUACUCGGCCGCAGUGCAACCUCUAAAUCAAGCCAGCUCACCGUUUUAGCCAUGUGCCGGCCAUAAACCGAAGACACGCUUCCUAAUUGAAAACAGAGCCAGCUAAAUGGACGCGUAGCAAGAGGCCAGAAGAGCGAGCGAGAGGGCGAGUGAGUGCGACAGAGAGAGAGAGAGAGAGAGAGACGAUCGUGAUUUGGAUUUUCAGCGUGAUAUCAAAACGGAGCGGUCAGGAAAAAAAGCAAAAUUCACGCCAAAAUGUCCAACGCCACAAAAAUGGUUUACAGUUAUAGAAUUUUAUGGCUUUCCGGCGUUUUACUAGGUCCCAUCCUGCUGGCCGCCAUUGCUGUCGAGGGCCAAGAGCCUGCCAGUCCAGUAUUUCAAAAUCACAAGACGAAGGAAUGGACGAAUUUAGAUAACAUAACGUUCUCGUUCGAUUGCAAGAGGCGUUCGGUGGGCUUCUAUGCCGACAUGGAGUACAAUUGCCAGAUCUUUCACAUGUGCGACGAGGAGGGCAAUCGAAUUCCCCAUCUGUGCGCCAAUGAGACGAGCUUUAACCAGGAGUACAGAAUCUGUGACUGGGACUACAACUUUAACUGCACAGAGUCGCCCAAAUGGUUCUACCUGAACGAACUGACCUACGCCACAGAUCCGCCAGAUGAAGACGACGAGGAUUACUGAACGAUUGCACUUAAUUAAAUAUUUAUUGUGUCUCCAAAAGCAAACAAACUAAUUAAAUUAAACGCCGUAUGCAAAACGCUGAGUAAUUGUAACUGAAAAGAAGAAAAAAGUGUGAGAAUCAGUAAAAUUCCAUCCAAAUGAGAUGAUAUAAUUUAAGCGCC